AAAAAACGAACAACCUCGGUGGGAGGAGCCACGCUUGUUUCUCGUCGUAGGAACUGAAAGUACUGCUCAACCGAAGCGAGAAGACACCGAAAUAAAUCAUAACUGACGUCCAGUUGGAUAAAAUACGCGAAAACAAUGUCUCUGCUAAGCAAUAAAUCUGCUAAGGAGAUAAGCGACCUGCUGGAUGAGUACGGGAUAAAGCACGGACCUGUGGUCGAUAGCACCAGGAAUCUGUACGAGAAGAAACUGAAGGAGGCUAUGGCCAAAGGGAAAAGACCGACAUCAUCACCGGACAAGACGUUCUACAGGGAAGAAGAGGAGGAGGUUACCUACGUUUACACGACACCAAGUCGCAGUGAUUUUGCAGGAGAAAGGACCACUUACAUGCGGUCAAGGCCAGACUGGACCGAAAGGGAACAGGAGAGGUCCUACUCAGACUAUUCAAGGUCAAAGUCAGAAUACAGUGGGAAGGACAUGGUUGAUGAGCCACGCAUGUAUGACACACCGUCCACUUACAGAAACUCCUAUGUGAAGUCGCCACCAGUGAAGUCUGAUCAGAAGGUUCCCAAGACAUCGUCUCGCCUCAUCCCACUGUGGGUUCAGUUUGUGUUCUUCUUGGCUGUGGCAAUCUUCCUCUACAUCAUUUUUUCCAACAUGGAGACAAAUGAAUCUCUCAAAGGAAUAGUGUGAUUGUUUUUUGUAUUUUUUAUUCAUGCUCAGUUUAUAGAGCUGUUCUGCAUUCAAUUGUCUAUAUAUAUGGGGUUGAUGGCUUUCUGUAGCACUAAGAAAAUGCUAUGUAUUACCACUUUCUGCUUAUAAUGUCCAUUUUAUCACAUAGCAUUCAUCAGACCACAACUGAAAACUGACCUGUCAGUUUGUCCCAGCACACUCAGACAUCACACAACAUUUUAUAUUAGGCACAUUAAUAUAUUUACUCACAAUUAGGUAACAUAUUCAUGGAACAAAGACACAUUUGGUUUUCAGAUAUUAAGAGAUUUUAAGAUUCACUUAUGACAUAUCACAGCAUGUAUUAGCAUGCGGCUCUGUUUUAGAUGCUUUGGUCCAGAUCUAUUUAGCUUCACUGUGCAUUGUGUGUAUCUUGUUAUUAAAAGGAACCAAGUUCUAAUUUUGCGUUUAUAAUGUCUGGUAUUUUACGAUGUUUUAUGGGUUAUCAGAAGUUUAUACAGUUGAGGACUAUCUUCAGAUCAGCUGUGACAUGCAUCAGUGCUUAACUUCUGAGGUCUUUUCUUUCUGUACAAUUAAUCCUGAGAAUUACACCUUUAUACAACAUAACCAGACCUCUACAUCCUGUGGAGGGUGAGGUUCUUCUUUGUAUUGCUGUUUUUCUUAAUUAAAGUAUAAAAGUGCUCAAGUGA